AUGAGUCUAAGUCGACUAUACCUUCUAACUGAGACGUUCAGACCGUGGAUUUACCAUCGCACAAUGAGCUCAAAACCACAAUUCUAUAACAAGAAAGUUGAAAGUGCUAUCAAUUGCUCCUCUUUGAAGCUGAAUCAUACAUGUCUUCGUGUGAAGGAUCCAGAGCGCAGCGUGGCGUUCUAUAAGUCGAAGUUUGGGAUGGAUCUGCUGGAACACAAAAAGUUCCCUGAUAUGAAGUUCAACUUGUAUUUCCUAAGCUUCCCCAAGUCCAAAUUGAAUCACAACAAGGAUGGAGCCGUCGACGUUUUUUGCGAAAACGGUAUCCUAGAACUUACACACAACUACGGUACGGAAAACGAUCCAGACUUCAAAGUCAAUAACGGGAACGAAGAACCACACCGUGGGUUUGGUCACAUCUGCUUUUCGGUUAAAAACAUCGAAAAGACGUGCCAAGAUCUUGAGGCCAACGGCGUGUCUUUCCAAAAAAGACUCACAGAUGGACGCCAAAAGAGCAUUGCAUUCGCCUUGGACCCAGACGGAUAUUGGAUAGAGCUGAUUUCAUAUGACAGGCCCGAGGCAGAGGGAAAGUCGCGCCCUGACGUUGGCUACAAGUUCAACCACACCAUGAUUCGCGUCAAGAACGCUCAGAAGUCGCUAGAGUUUUACCAGAACGUUUUGGGAAUGAAACUCAUCGACACAUCGAAGCACGAAAACGCAAAAUUCACCUUGUAUUUCCUCAGCUAUAACACAGACUCUCCAAGAUGGACGCAAGAGGGUUUGCUGGAACUCACACACAACUGGGGUACCGAAAAUGAUCCUGAGUUCAAGUAUCACAACGGUAACGAGAAGCCCCAAGGCUACGGCCACAUUUGCAUCAGCAGUGAAGACCCCGAGGUCAUGUGCAAGGAGAUCGAGAGCAAAUACGGUGACGAGAUCCAAUGGGGGGUCAAGUUCAAUCAGGGCAAAAUGAAGAACCUGGCUUUCAUCAAGGAUCCAGACGGAUACUCUAUUGAAGUUGUGCCCUUUGGACUAUGCUGCUAA